AUGAGUUCAAGUUUGUACCGAGAUUCAUAUUUUCAAUACCGCCAUUUAUCAGCACCGCAUCACAUAUUAUAUGCAGAAUGGAAUCAGGAUAUACUGGCGCUUCCGGACGAAGUGGGAAAUGUUACGAUGGCUAUGGAAGAUAAUACCCGCACCGACGCGGGGGAGGUAAGAGCUGCUCAAGAUGGGGAAAGAAACUCUAGUGUACGCGAGAGCGGUCAAGCUAAGGCAUCAAUGACAAAUGAACAGAACAGCAACCGCUACUGGAACUCUUUUCAUGACGAAGAUGAUUGGAAUCUGUUCAAUGGUAUGGAGCUCGAGAGUAACGGAGUAGUGACGUUUGCCGGACAUGCAUUCGAUCAUUCUUUAAACGGGGGAACUAAUUCCAGGAACGACAGUGCCAAUGAGCCAAGAAAAGAAACGAUAACUGGUUCUAUAUUUGAUAGGCGCAUCACACAAUUAGCGUACGCAAGAAAUAAUGGUUGGCACGAACUGGCUCUCCCACAGUCACGAUGA